CACUUCCUUCGUCUGUAUAUGCAGACUGAGGCCAGUGAGUAAGAGGCGCCUCCGCCUUUGGUUGCUGUGCUGCGGCAGUCAGCCGGUUCCUGAGUCACUGCGCGAAGUUGGUUCAGUCAUUAGUCCGAGCUAGCUGGACAGUUAAGAUGGAUUUUUCCAAGCUUCCCAAAAUCCAUGAUGAAGACAGAGAGAAUGUCUUUGGCUACGUCUAUGGAGUUUCAGGACCUGUUGUCACUGCCUGCAACAUGGCAGGUGCAGCUAUGUAUGAAUUAGUACGAGUUGGCCACUGUGAACUUGUAGGAGAAAUUAUUCGAUUGGAGGGUGACAUGGCAACUCUCCAGGUGUAUGAAGAAACCUCUGGGGUUUCUGUUGGAGACCCUGUGCUUCGUACUGGUAAACCCCUCUCGGUGGAGCUUGGCCCUGGAAUCAUGGGAGCCAUAUUUGAUGGUAUUCAAAGGCCUCUGACAGAUAUCAGCACUCAGACACAAAGUAUUUACAUCCCCAGAGGAGUAAAUGUGACAGCUCUGAGCAGAGAUCUCAAAUGGGACUUCACACCUGUCAGAAACCUGCGGGUUGGCAGCCAUAUCACAGGUGGGGAUAUUUAUGGUCUUGUGAACGAGAACUCUCUUAUCAAACACAAGAUCAUGUUGCCCCCACGGAAUAGGGGGACAGUAACGUACAUUGCUCCACCGGGGAAUUAUGAUGCAUCUGAUGUUGUGUUGGAGCUGGAAUUUGAAGGUGUGAAAGAGAAAUUUACUAUGGUCCAGGUCUGGCCUGUACGGCAAAUCCGCCCUGUAACAGAAAAGUUACCUGCCAAUCACCCUCUCUUAACUGGUCAGAGAGUCCUUGAUGCACUCUUUCCGUGUGUUCAAGGAGGCACAACAGCUAUUCCCGGGGCUUUUGGCUGUGGAAAGACUGUGAUUUCUCAAUCUCUGUCGAAAUAUUCCAACAGUGAUGUUAUCAUCUAUGUAGGCUGUGGGGAACGUGGAAAUGAAAUGUCUGAAGUCCUCAGAGACUUCCCGGAGCUCACAAUGGAAGUUGAUGGCAAGGUCGAAAGCAUUAUGAAGAGAACUGCACUUGUAGCAAACACCUCCAACAUGCCUGUAGCUGCCAGGGAAGCUUCUAUCUACACUGGGAUUACCUUGUCUGAGUACUUCCGUGACAUGGGCUACCAUGUCAGUAUGAUGGCUGACUCCACAUCCCGAUGGGCAGAGGCCCUUCGAGAAAUUUCAGGGCGCCUUGCUGAAAUGCCUGCUGAUAGUGGUUAUCCAGCCUAUCUUGGUGCCCGCCUGGCCUCUUUCUAUGAACGGGCUGGCAGAGUGAAGUGCCUGGGGAACCCAGAGAGAGAAGGGAGUGUCAGCAUUGUUGGAGCUGUAUCUCCUCCUGGUGGUGACUUCUCUGAUCCAGUUACUUCUGCUACUCUGGGCAUUGUUCAGGUGUUCUGGGGCUUGGAUAAGAAGCUUGCUCAACGUAAACACUUCCCAUCUGUAAAUUGGCUGAUCAGUUACAGCAAGUACACACGUGCUCUGGAUGAAUACUAUGACAAGCACUUCCCAGAGUUUGUGCCGUUGAGGACAAAAGCAAAGGAGAUCCUGCAGGAAGAGGAGGAUCUUGCAGAGAUCGUACAGCUGGUGGGGAAGGCUUCCUUGGCAGAAACUGACAAAAUUACCUUGGAAGUUGCCAAGCUCAUUAAAGAUGACUUUCUGCAACAGAACGGCUAUUCUCCAUACGACAGGUUUUGCCCAUUUUUUAAGACGGUGGGGAUACUGUCCAACAUGAUUGCAUUUUAUGAUAUGGCACGUCGAGCAGUUGAGACUACUGCCCAGAGUGACAAUAAGAUUACCUGGGCCAUCAUCAGAGAGAACAUGAGUGAGAUUCUUUACCGACUGACAUCUAUGAAAUUCAAGGACCCUGUGAAAGAUGGGGAAGCAAAGAUCAAAGCAGACUAUGCCCAACUUUUUGAAGACAUGCAGAAUGCAUUCCGCGGUUUGGAAGACUAGAGCAGUGACUCUCCUGGAGCCCCACUUGAGUGUAUUCCUCAUCUCAGCUUUCUUGCUUUUCCAUUGAUAGAAGAUGUACACUUGACUGAAGAUUUACUUUUAACUUUAAAAACAUUCCUAUUUAGUUUGGUUGCUGUAUGUGUAAAUCUGAGCUUCAGAAUAUGAAGCAGGUUUUGCAAAGGCUCCUGCGAAGUUGGAAGGUAUCCUCUACUGGAUUUGACCUUUAGCUGAGUUUCUCUUUGGAAGAGAACCAAGAGGGUUCAGAGUUCAGCUCUUUUCUGGGAGGAAAAACGUACUGUUGUAUAGUUAUGGGUGGCGUAAGGGCACUUGAACCCAUGUUCCUGGUUUAGUGCUAUGCAUUUGAGGUAAUUCUGAUGCUUCAGAGAUAAGAUGUAUUUAUUGUUCUUUAAUGUUGCUGCUGCUACCCUGAAAAAUGAAGACUGGUUAAAAUACUUUGUUGCAAUACUCCUUCGGUAUCUUCAUGUUUCAGUGAGUGUAUUGAAAAUCUACAGGAUUGGAAUUGCUGUGCAAAGAGGAGUGUCCAAUAGCAACAUCUCUGCCCACCUCUUCUUAUCUGAGAAAAUACAAUUCGUUUUCUUUUAAUAUGGACUACAUUUGUUACAACCAUGGAUGCUUACAACUAGUUACAGGAAUAGUUCUCCCUCUUCCUAGACCGCCCCCCCCCCCGGUGGAAAUUCAGGCACAUCUGUAUAUGCAGCUUAAUUUUUUUCUAUGUGCAGAGCAUGGUGACCUGUGGACCAGGCAGCCAGUCCCCUCUUUUACCUCCUGUAUUAUGAGUUAGAGCAAAUCUGAGAGGGCGCAAAUGUUUACUUUGGCUCUUAGGAUUUUGUUUUUAUUUCAAUCACUGGAAUAGCUGGACAACAAAUCUUAGCUUUAUGGGGUAGGGAACUUUUGGCUGUCUAAAUCUUGUUGGACUCCAGCUCCCAUCCACCCCAGCUAGCAUGGCCAGUAGUCAUGGGUGAUGGGAGUUGUGGCCUAACAGCUGGAGGCCGUAAGUUUCCUAACUCUUUUAGGAGAAGAGAAUAUUGAUAGCCAGAGUUUUCAUUUUAUGGAAUGAUGUCUCUGGAAAGUAUGCCCCCGUCCCCAGUAUUGCCUCUAACUUGCAAGACAAGUGGGCAAUAUGUGUGUGGUGAGAUUUUCUUACCUUGGAGAAGUUAAUUAUUUUUCCUGUUGCUCAUGUUGUAAUCACAAUUUCAGGAAUGAGGAAGAGUCUCGGUAUUUACUGAUUAAACAGCUAGUGCCAUUGUGUCACUGCUGCAAAACAGAAGACCCUAGCAAAAAGCAGCUAUGUCCCUUCUGGAUCAGUUUCUUGCAGAAUUAUAAAUAGCUUAUUCUGAACAGCAGAAAGCCUACGAACUGGGUUGCAGAAUAACUAGAGUUGCUGGUGCCAUCUUGUACAAGAGAAAUGCUCCAUAUCCCUCCCGCCCCCCAAAAAAUCAAAUGCAUUUUGUAAUGGGGUUUCUUGAACUGUGAGACUAAAGCUGCUGUUUCCAGAUGUCACACCAGAAACAUUCUGGGUUCCCCAUCUCCAGACUGCAUCUGUCUUCAAUUAAGUUAAAACUGAACUGGAUCAUAAAUUUUUUGGUUCUGCAUUGAGUGUUAAUUUCCACUGUGUUAUGAAGAGUGGUGUAUGAAUUAGUGCAAAGCCCUCUUUUGCUGAAAACUUUUGACUUGUACCGUGAUGUAGCAUUUUAUGCCUAUGAAACUUGUAACUACUUUAAGAGGAUGCUGUAAAAUUUUACAAAAGAUAUCUAAAAUAAAGAUGUCUAUUGUGCUGUACCUAC